AUGUUAAAACUUGGCUUUUUUCUAAUUUUAGCUGAAAAGCCGAUAGUCUUUCAUCUAAAGCCGCAAUCGGCUAACUCUCUUUUUAAAUCAUUAAGAAACCACCCUUUUUCAGCCGCCGCCACUUACCAACCGGAAGUAUUCGCUCCGACUUCGCUUUUGGAUGACUUCGCCCGUGCCAUAAAUGCCGAUCUUGAUUCUGAUUUGAACCGAACAACACGCUAUACUUCCCGAAUCCCUCGAUACUUAAAUCCUCGAUGCGACAAUCAAGAAUGCGCGGAUAAAUGUUCCCAACAAUGUCCUCAGAAAACCGGCAAAAAAGGUCUCCAAGGAAUCCGGGGUGAAAUGGGUCCUCCCGGUCGUGACGGUCCGCCCGGACCACUUGGUCCUCCUGGGAACGCUGGACCGGAGGGGGAAGUUGGUCCUCCUGGAUUCGAAGGCUGUGAAGGUGAUCAAGGAGUAGAUGCUCCAAAUGGAUUUCCUGGCGUUCCAGGAGAAAAUGGCCGUCGCGGCCAACAAGGUCCAGAUGGUUCACCGGGCACGUGCGGCGCUCCUGGCACUCAUGGAGACCGAGGACGAGCCGGCAGAGCCGGAAUUCCUGGGCCACCGGGUCGAAGUGGGAUUGCUGGACCAAAGGGAGAGCGAGGCGAACCUUUUGAUCUCGAAAGUUUCAAAGAUAUUCUCGCAGCUACUGCUCGUGGUCGUCGUGGAGAACGAGGAGAGCUAGGAGAAGAGGGACCUCGUGGACCUCCCGGGCCACAAGGUGGUCGGGGAAUGAAAGGUUUUCAAGGACCUCAAGGAGAUCCUGGCGCAGCUGGUCGACCUGGAAAAGAUGGAGAGGAUGGAAUCAUGAUUCCCGGCGAUCCUGGGGAUCCAGAUGAAUGCUCUUUUUCAGAAGAAAGCAUGAAGAAAUGCAUCACUGAUAGAGCUGCUUUCAAAGGUUCUUUCGAUGCUUAUGCGCUUAUGUCAAAAGGUGAUCUUGGCGAAGCCGGUACUGAUGGAGAACCCGGCGAUGAAGGUAUUUGCGGCUGUCGAGGAGAACCUGGAGCACAAGGUCAAGUCGGAAUGUACGGACCAAGAGGUCCGACUGGCGUCCCUGGCGAAGACGGAAGAAGAGGAUAUUCAGGUCAAACUGGGCCGUCUGGAGAGCCUGGUCUUUCUGGCCAACCCGGUGCAAAAGGGGCACUUGGACCAAGUGGGGACAUCGGCGAGCCAGGCGUUGAUGGAACUACUGGCAAUCCGGGACCUCCAGGUUUGUGUGGAUAUCCAGGCGAAUCGGGCGAGCGUGGUGAAAAUGGCGACUAUGGAAAACCAGGCGUUCCAGGAAUUCCCGGUGAAUCUGGUCGAUCUGGCGUUCCUGGUGUUCCUGGUGAUCGUGGCCCUCCUGGAAUAUCUGUUUCUGGCGAAAAAGGAAAGCGAGGAACUGAUGGAAAACCCGGUGAAGUGGGGCUACAAGGUCCUCCUGGCCACCCUGGUCUUUGUGGUGCGAAUGGAGAGGCUGGAAUGCCCGGAGAAAGCAUUCGUGGACGGCGAGGUGAUCAUGGAGUUCCAGGAGAGGGUGGAAUCCCUGGUCAUCCCGGCGAACCUGGCAGUCCUGGCCAACCAGGUCGAUUUUUAUGCAAUGGAUCUCCUUGUCCCGAACAUAUAACCGGACCGAGAGGCCCAAAAGGCCAUGUUGGCGAACAAGGUUGUGUUGGAUAUCCUGGUGAACCUGGCGAUCAAGGUAUUCCUGGCGAAAACGGGCGGCCUGCUGCGCCGUGUGAUUGUUCAAAAGCAUUUGGUGAGCCAGGAGAUGAUGGCGUCGACGGCCAUAGUGGCGUGAAAGGAAUGAUUGGAAUUCCUGGCCGUCCUGGAGCGCCUGGACAGCGGGGUCUGUGCGGUUUGGAAGGACCAGUUGGCGUACCUGGCGAAGCUGGUCGGCCUGGCCUUCCAGGGAUGAAAGGACGUGCUGGUUCAGCGGGAGAACCUGCAAAAAUGCCAGAAGUCGACGCUGAAUGCGGAGAAUUCGGCGAAAGAGGAGAAGCUGGUGAAAAUGGAUUAACUGGGCUUUCCGGUUUGCCUGGAAAAGAUGGACUUUCCGGUGCUAAGGGACAAAAAGGAGAACCCGGAUAUGGUGGGGUUUGUGGCAGAGAAGGUGACGUCGGACCUGCUGGAUUUCCUGGAGAAAGAGGCAUUGCUGGCCCUCAAGGGGACGAAACAGAAGGUCCUGUUGGCUUGAAAGGUCAAAAUGGAGAUGCCGGUGAAAAAGGUACUCCUGGAGCUGAUGGAAUUCCCGGUGAACCAGGCGAGAUCUUGAAUUUUCCGUCGAAGCCAAUUGAUGGUCAUCCUGGCUUGCGUGGUGAAGCUGGUCCACCUGGUCUUCCAGGGCAGAGCGGGCGACCUGGUUCUCCAGGCUUUCCUGGUAAUCCUGGCCAGCCUGGGAAGCGAGGUAUGACUGGCCCCGCUGGUGAAAAAGGAAAGCAAAGCCAGCCUGGUAUCCGGGGUCAUCCUGGUGAAAGAGGAGAGCGCGGUCCAGAAGGACCUCUUGGUCGAUGGGGUCUUCCAGGUGAAACUGGACGACCAGGGCACGAAGGAGAUGAAGGCCAAGUAGGUGAACCAGGUGAUGAUGCGCCCGAUGCACCAAACGGCAUUAUUGGUAUUCCUGGAAUAGAUGGCAAGCCAGGUAAUCAUGGUGCUCCUGGAAACGAUGGCGAGCCAGGAGAUCGUGGCAAACAAGGUUUCGUUGGCAAAGCUGGAACUCCUGGAGAAAAGGGUUAUCCAGGCGAAACAGGUGCACCUGGUGACGACGGUGAAGACUGUCGUCUUGGAAUCGUCGGUCCAGUCGGCCAAAAAGGUGAGCCGGGCAUUAAUGGCAUCCCAGGUCCUGCCGGUGGACGUGGUAAAGAAGGUGCUCAAGGCGAGCCUGGUGAUUCUGUUCAAGGACCAUCUGGUCCCGCUGGCGCUGAUGGAGUUCCUGGCGAAGACGGAAGAAUUGGUGAGAAAGGGCCUGAGGGCCCUGCUGGAUUUGACGGCGAAGCUGGCGAAGACGGUAUUCCGGGGAGGCCUGGUGGCCCUGGUGAUAUUGGUGAGCGUGGCCCAUUUGGUCCUUCCGGCGACGAUGGUUUUGACGGACCUGAUGGUGAAAAUGGUCGUCAAGGCAAUCGCGGGAAACAAGGGCCCAUCGGAGAUCAAGGAACCAAAGGAUUAAAAGGAGAGCUUGGUUGUGCUGGAGAACCAGGCGAAGGUCCAGCAGAAUUGCGCCAAAUCGACAUAAAUGAAAUCCCAUAUCAAAAGGGCUCGAUUGGUUUACCUGGCGAUGUUGGUUACAAUGGUGAGCCCGGAAACGAUGGAAAUCAGGGUUCCUCUGGUGCUCCUGGAAAUGCUGGAGAACCUGGUUUAUCCGGAUCAGCAGGAUCUCCUGGUGCUGACGGCGAAAGAGGCCAAAGAGGUGAAGUUGGCGAGCGUGGAAAAUCUGGAGAAACAGGACAACGAGGACCUGGCGGUAAAAAGGGUCCGAAAGGUCCAACUGGAGUCGAAGGCGAAAUCGGACCACAGGGACCUCAAGGACCAGAGGGACCCGCUGGACCGGAUGGAGAGGCUGGUCCUGUUGGACCAGGAGGAAGUCCCGGUCAACCUGGAGCUCCGGGUGCCCCUGGUUUGCCCGGAAAACCCGGGCAGAUUGGAGAAGAUGGCCCGCAAGGUGAGCCUGGAUAUCCUGGAGUUUGUGGUAUACCAGGAAUAAAUGGAAUCCCCGGUGAACAAGGUCGUCGCGGCGAUGUCGGUCCAACUGGAGCUCCUGGUAAACCUGGACCACAAGGUGUUCCUGGAACUCGUGGAAAUGUCGGUCCAGCAGGGGAAAGCGGACCGAUCGGACCUAAAGGAGAUCAAGGACCUCCAGGACCGCCUGGUUUGUGUGGUGAAGAUGGCUUGCCCGGGGAGGAUGGCGAAUCUAUCGCUGGUCAUCCUGGCUUUAGAGGAAGACAAGGUGAUCGUGGUGAAAACGGCAUUGAUGGAAAAGACGGAACUAAACCCUCAGAUGAAGAAGGUGAUUGUGGAAUCGAAGGCUUUCCCGGUGAAAUGGGCAUCAGAGGUCCGCCAGGCCCCCCUGGCGUCGCGGCAAAGAACAAGUGGAAUGGCUGGCCUGGUGAUGACGGUUACACGGGAAUGGCUGGUAUUCCAGGGCCUGUUGGUCCGAAAGGCGAGCCUGGAUUCAACGGAGCAGAUGGUUCUCCUGGUUAUGAUGGCAUGCCUGGCGUCGAUGGAGAGCCUGGCACUCCUGGAAUCGAUGGUUUUUGUGGCCAUCAAGGUCCACCAGGCCCCGUAGGUCCCGAUGGUUACGCUGGACAACCUGGUAUCGACGGAGCUAAUGGCUACCGUGGACAAGAUGGCAGAUCUGGCCACCGAGGAACGAUUGGUGAUCGCGGUCCAGACGGAAAGCCUGGUCGACCGGGUCUUCCUGGACCGCCAGGCCCAGACUAUGUCCCUUGUGAAGGUGACUGUGAAGGCUCAUUCUCUGGAGAGCGAGGAAUCCGAGGCGACGUCGGUCCACGAGGUGAAGCUGGCGAAAAAGGAGCUCGCGGAAAUGCGGGACAAGACAAUUUCCACGCUGGUCAACCUGGACAGCCGGGAGAAGUCGGGGCGCCUGGAAAACGAGGGCCGAGAGGCGACAGCGAAGAUUGCGGCUUUGUGCUCACUAAGCAUUCUCAGAAUACGACAAUUCCAAGCUGUCCCGAGGACUCAACACUUCUUUGGGAAGGCUACAGCUACUUGGGCGCGGCAACAAGCUCCCAUUUGAGCACUCAAGAUUUGGGCCGCUCAUCCUCCUGUCUUCAGCAUUUCCAGCAAAGCCCGAUUUACGUCUGCAGCGGCCAAAAAUGUCAAUAUGCUGCAAAAGAACACAAGAGCUUUUGGCUGACUACGGAGAGCUUUGGAAUCAUCGAUGGGGACCCGCUUUUGACGGGAUAUGAUGUGAGUGCUUUUGUUGAUCUUCUAUAA